AUGCUGUCGACACGAAGACAACGUAACCGAGAGCAAGAAGUUGCUAUAAACAUGAGAAAUCCACAUAAAUACAAUUCUGGCAACAAAAUCAACAAUUCAGAACAACCACCACCAUCGUACAGUAACAUUUUCGAGUCGAAAUUGCGUCCAACACGAUCAGCAGGCAAUGGCGAUUUUGUUAAACCUGAGUUACCAGAAUUCUUGCAAAAUAUUGGUCCUGGUCUAUCACCGUUGAAAGAAAAUCCACCUGUUACAGUCUCAUGGUACGACGUUCGAGCGGAAGCACCCCCAAAGCAGAAUUUUAUCGCACGGAACAUCAAAAAAUUAUUGGGUAAAGAAAUUGAAGGACCGAAAAUGUUGCUAAAAGGCGUUAAUGGUAUUGUUAAGUCAGGUGAAAUGUGUGCAAUUAUGGGUGCUAGUGGUGCUGGUAAAACAACACUUCUGAAUAUUAUCACUCAUCGUCGAUCGGGCCAAUUAAAAAUCAAUGCAGAUGUUCGAAUAAAUGGUCGACAUAUGAAAAAAGAUAUUUCUGGUGUGUCGGGCUUCGUUCAACAAGAAGAAUUAUUCAUUGGAACAUUAACAGUUCGAGAACAUCUCCGAUUUCAUUCGAUGCUUCGUCUAGGAAAAGAAUUUACUAAAGAUGAACGAGAAAAUCGUGUUACGGAAGUGUUACACUUUCUGAAUUUAACCAAAACUGAAAAUACAACAAUUGGUAUCACUGGACUUGUUAAAGGUCUAUCCGGAGGAGAAAAGCGUCGUUUAACAUUUGCUACUGAAAUUCUCAGUGAUCCUCCGGUACUUUUCUGUGACGAACCAACAUCAGGUUUAGAUUCUUCUAUGGCAUUUAUUCUUGUACAAGCUAUGCGAAAACUUACUGAUCAAGGCAAAACAGUCAUUUGUACAAUUCAUCAACCAUCAUCCGAAAUAUUCUUUCUUUUUGACAGAUUAUAUUUACUAGCUGAAGGUCGAGUCGCAUAUUUUGGUUCGCUUGAAAAAGCACCAGCAUUUUUUCGAGGGUUCAAUUUGGAAAUUCCAAGAAAUUACAAUCCAGCUGAUUUCUAUAUUCAACAACUGGCAAUCUACCCAAAGACACGUGAAGAAAAUCUCGCUCAAAUCGAGCGUAUCUGUAAUGGUUAUGAGAAAUCACCACAAUACUCUCGUUACAUCUCGGAAAUUAUCUCAUUGCAUUCUGCACAUUCGGAAGACAACGAACUUGAUUUUUUUUCGAGAUUAUUUCGACCAUGGUCUUCAAAGAAGAAAAAUGUUCAAGCAGAUGACAUUGAUGUCCAAAAUACGAAUAAAUCACGAUAUAAAACAAGCAGUCUUGUUCAAUUUCGUUGGCUACUUUGGCGAAAUUUUGUCGAUACCCUUAAAAAUCCGUUUGAAACUCGGCUUCGCGUUUUUCUUGCAAUCUUUCUCGGUGUACUUAUUGGCCUUCUCUACUUUCGUCUGACUUACGAUCAAACAGCCGUACAAAAUAUCAACUCAUUAAUUUUCUUGAUUAUCAUCAAUACAUCAUUUUCAAAUAUCUUUGCGGUCGUACAAAGUUAUACGAAAGAGUUUCCGAUAUUCUAUAAAGAAUAUGAUGAUGCUGUUUAUCGUGUCACGCCUUAUUAUCUUGCAAAAUUUAUUUCUGAACUUCCGUUGUUUGCAGUUACAACACUCCUUCAAUUAGCAAUCACCUAUUGGAUGACGAAUUUGUAUGGAACUGCCAAGCGGUUUUUUAUUUUCACUGGAAUUAUAAUUCUAACAAGUUUUGCGUCGCUGGGUCUUGGUUCCGUUUUAUCUGUCGUCGCUAAUACAGCGGAACAAGCACAAGCAAUUCAAAUACCCAUCCUACUACCUCUAAUGAUCUUCGGUGGGUUCUUUCUAAACAAUCAAUCGGGUCAAGAGUGGCUGAAAUGGAUCAAAUACCUUAGCUGGUUUUACUAUUCAAAUGAAGCAUUGAUUAUCAAUCAAUGGGAAGAUGUAGAUAAUUUACCAUGUGAAAAUCUUGAUCCAGGACUACCAUGUUAUCAUAACGGAGACGAAAUUAUCGAAUUAGUUGCUUUUGAUAAGUCAAACUUCGGUCGAGAUAUUGGUUUAAUCACUGUUUUAUGGAUUGGUCUUCGACUGUUAAGUUAUUUAAUUCUCUUAUUCAAAUCUCGCCAUCACAAAUAG